UACCUUCAUCUAACUCAGUGCUAAUGUUUAUAUCGUUUUCUUUUGUAGCUACUCCUUGAGGCAGGAUCAAAUAUUGACAGUGAAGACCACGAUGGCAACACACCACUGCAUGUAAAAUGUUAUGGCGAGACCGGAGAACCUACAGACUUAGAAUGCAUUGAGAAAAUGGUAAGAUUAACCACAGCGCUACAAACCUCCACGUACAGCAAAUCACAUAACACGUUAAAAGUUCAAAACGCCUGAUCCCCUCUCAUAUUCAAACACCUGCUUCACAGGCUACGAGUUCCCUUCAAGUUGACUACGUUUUUUAAUUUGUAACUUCAACAGCUGAUGAAAGAAGCCCCACUAAACAUCAGAAACAACCGAGUAAGUAUAAAAUACGGAACCUGAACGAUUUUGCUUACGAGCACGGGCAGGGGACGUGUUUCCUAUGCCUUGAUAUCAACCGGGAUAUGGUUUUUAUCUAUGUGGUUAUUCUAGCCGGUAGGGACUUGCGAAGUCGUUUCAUAUCCUCUCGUAUCUACGGCUACAAGUUUGGGUGAUGUAGUAAUUCCUGUACCAAUCUCCCACUCCCAAUUUCCAAGGGAACAACUUUGAGAACGAGUUUGCUCGUUUUUAGAGUCUCCUUUCUUCAUCCUCUCACUUGCUUCAUGGAAGGGAAGGAGAGAGGCCCCGGGGACAAGUUUUUUGUGGCACGCUGGAAACGGUUUAUCGUUAAGUCUCUAAUAUUGCGUCCACUAUCCGUGUCUCAACGUUGCUUACAUCUCGAAACGGCCCUGUCAUAGCACGGCAAAGUCUCUUCGGGCUUUAUGAGUUUUUCACUCCGCCUUCUGUUACUAGCUUCUGUCAUUUUCGUUGUGUCGCUUUUACUAAAGUAUUACAAUCGCGUUGAUCUAAAAGUACGAUGAUGUAAACCAUUGUUGGGGCUCCGUGAUCUUUGUUAUACUUUCCAACAAUAGUAUUGACGCUAUUUUUUUAGGAUUUAAUGCCGAUUCACUGA